AUGCACAACUCUGAGGCCGCGUCGGCAUCGAAUUGUUGCUACGAAGAACAAUCCUCAUAUGCCAAGAACCUCUCUUUCCCUCCCGAUAUAAUCACGUACCCACCACCCACCACCACCGCAACCACCUCCACCGACAACGGCAGCAAUGGCAACUUCUCCACCAUCUUUGAAGAAAAAAUUACAGAAAAUGACGUUUCUGCCCCUCUAGAUUUCACAACCCUCCCUCAAUAUCCUUUUAGUCAUCAAGAUCAGUUUGAUCUCUCGUUACUCCAAAGCCAAUUUCCGCUUGCAACCGAUGGUCCGCCAAUUUCGACAUACCCACAUCCAAAUGAUCAACCCGAAGUUGUGUCCGUAAUCGGACCGAUAGUUUGUGAAGACGACUGCUUAUCUUCCAUGCCACCUUCAAAGUGCAUGCGGUUGAACAACCCUAAUUCAUCCCCAAACCACUGUUUCAUGGAUCAUCCCUACCUCCCAGCCGGAAACUCGAACCCUCUUCUACCAGUCGAAAGUUGCGGAAUUUUUAACGGGAAUUUGUUGAUGGGGAACGAAAUUCAAGCUCAUGAACUGGACUUUCAAGUCGAUAAUGGCGGCAUCUUCUGCCCAGAUCCCCUCCCACGCCCUUACAAUUCCAAUGAACUUCAGGCACUCUGUAAUGAAAAUCACCAUCUGGUUAACAAUGGAGGUGGGGGAUGCACAACUCCAUUGGCACCUCCAGAAAUCACAAGUUUGGAAUCAGAAAGCUUCAGGACGGCCAGCAAACUUAGCAGUGAAGAGAGAAAAGAGAAGAUCCAUAGAUAUAUGAAGAAAAGAAACGAGAGAAACUUCAGCAAGAAGAUCAAGUAUGCAUGCCGGAAAACCCUAGCAGACAGCAGGCCUCGAGUGAGAGGAAGGUUCGCCAAGAACGAUGAAUUUGGAGAGCAUCAUAGAAACAGUACAUGCAAUAGCACCCAUGAAGAAGAUACUGAUGAAGAUGUGGUGGUGAAGGAAGAAGAUCAGAAACUGGAUUCAUCGGACAUAUUUCCACACUUAGGCGGGUUGAAUUCAUUCAGAUGCAACUACCCAAUCCAGUCUUGGAUUUGA